AUGGCGUCGCCGUCGGCCACCGUGAACAUGGUGGUGCUGUUCUUCCUGGCGGCCGCGCUACUGGCGACCCCGACGCGUUCGUCGUCGCCGUCGUCCCACGGCGCCGGUCUUCAGCAGCCCACCCUGACCCUGUGCUCCAGCCACUCCCCGGCCGUCACGAGCAGCGAGAUCACCAGGUUCCUCGCCGCCGUGUGCGCCGGCGCCUACGGCGUCGCGCACAUGUCCCACAACAUGUCCUCGUACGUCGUCCCCGAGAACCGGAACAUGUACGGGGUCGCGCAGUGCCGCCCCGACGUCUCGGUCUCCGACUGCGCCGCCUGCCUCGCUGCGGCCUCCAAGCUCAUCGCCGGGACGGCGUGCGCGGCGUCGGCGGUCUGGCAUGACGCCUGCUUCCUACGGUACUCGGACCACGACCCGGGUCGAUUCCGCGAGGACGAGUACACAGCGACCGUGUUCAACGCGAGCCGGGCGCUACUGCCACAUGAGGGCGCCAAAGCGGAGGUGAGGCGCCUCCUCGCCACCGUGGCGAACAGCACGAUGAGCAGCCACAUGUGCAGCAGCGUCGGUGCCGGCACUGGGACUGCGUCAGGCGGCCGGAUCUAUGGACUCACGCAGUGCGCCGCGGGGAUCUCGUGCGCCGAUUGCCGCCGCUGCCUCCGCGGCGCCCUCGAGGUGGUGGACAGGGCGUACAACGGCAGCGCGGGGAUGCAGGUGCUGCGGCUCAGCUGCAUGGCCCGGUACGAGAGCUACCCGUUCUACAACACCGAGUCCCUGGCCUUGCGAUUGCUCGCGGAGGCGACGAUAGGGGGCAGCAUCGAGAUCAAACGACUUAACGUAACUGGGACCCUUCCGGCUGCUACACCUGCUGUGCCGGCGCCACCUGGUGGUCGUAAUCCACCACCGCCUGCACAAGCACGAGCACCACCUCCACCAGCAUCCAGGACCACCGUCGCUAAUGCUACAGUCGGAUUUCCUCCCGGGGGUGGGGCUGGGGCUGCACAACCCACCCCAGCGCCCCCUGGCGAUCAAACGGCCACCGGAUCAGCAGAAAGCAAAGGGAAGGGAAUGUCGAAUAGAUCCAAAUGGAUGAUCGUUUCUCUUGAAACAGGGUUGGCGAUUGCCGCCAUCAUCCUUGCACUCACCAUAUGGUACUGUCGAAAACGGCGACCGGCUCAGAGAGGACAUGUCAUAGAACCCCUUGUUUUGAAUCGUCAAGCAGAUGACAUGCCAGAGGAGACUAUGCAUGACCAAGGAAAUAAUAAGCAUUUGAGCAGGGAAGAAGACGACGACGACGACGACGACGACGACGACGACGACGACGACGACGGAGGACGAACGAGCUGCCAACUCUACAACUACCAGGUUCUUGAGGCUGCUACAUGUUGCUUCUCGAGUAGAAACAAGCUAGGGAGCGGUGGAUUCGGAACAGUAUACAAGGGCACGCUUGAAAAUGGGAAGGAAGUAGCAGUGAAAAGGCUCAGGGAUUCCAAGAGGACUAUACAAGAACUUGAGAGGGAGAUCUCCAUUGUGGUUAACUUGCGCCACAUGAACCUUGUGAGGUUUUUAGGGUACUGCUUCCAAGAGGAAGGGAGGUUCCUCAUCUACGAGUACGUACCUAAUAACAGCUUGGAUAAAUUUUGGUACAAAGCAUCUUUUCAAGGUGAGAAGCUAGAGUGGGCUACGUGGUUCAACAUCAUCUUAGGGGUUGCUCGAGGCCUCCGGUUUCUCCACGACAAGGGGAUCAUUCACCGGGACCUCAAGCCACACAAUGUACUUCUCGACGAUAACUUCAACUUCAACCCAAAGAUUGCCGAUUUUGAUCUCAUGAGGAUGUACGAUAAAGAGAAAACUCAUGAGAGCACUGAGAAGGUCGCUGGAACAUUCGGGUACAUGGCACCAGAGUGCACAUCCGGCCGAAAGUUCCUACUUUCCAUCAAGUCUGACGUGUACAGCUACGGGGUGUUGGUGCUGGAGAUCAUCACCGGCCACAAGAUCUACACGUUCGAAGGCCAAGACUCUGAAGGCCUCGUGGAAUACGUGUGGCAGCACUGGACGGAGAAGAGAGGGAGCGACGUGGUGGACGGCGACUUGGGCGUGGAAGGGCAGGAGCACGCGGCACGGCAAGCGCUGCGGUGCGUGCACGUCGCGCUCCUCUGCGUGCAGUCGGAUCGAGCAAGGCGGCCAACCAUGGGGCAGGUCAUCGCCAUGCUUAGCAGCGACGACGGGGCCGAGGAGCUGCCGGAGCCGUCUCUGCCCGGGUACAUCGUCCGUCCAACGGCGGCGUCAGGUGUCCAGCUGUGCUUCGGGUGCAGGUAG